CUUGCAAAACAUAUGUUGGGGUGACAACCAAGAGGGUGUGAAGACAAAUCAGACACAUGUCAGUGACAUUUAACAGCAAGUCAGGAGCGCUUAGGGGAGAUGGUUGGGAAUUGAUGGACUCUAAAUCAGAAUAUGGAGGCAGAUUUCCAAAAUCAGCGUGGUGGAUUGGAGCUGUUGCAGUAUGUUUGGGACUGCUCUAUCUUAUUCUACUUGUUGUCAUCUUAGCCACAGUGAGCCAAUAUGUCAGACCAAGCCCUCUGAAGGACACAGAACAACUGCCAAUCAGUCUCACCUCAUGUCAAAAUCUGACUUCACAAUGCUUGCAGUUACAGGGAAGAUACAGCACCUUGUUAGAAAGUAAAAAACAGUUAGAGACCAAGCUCUGCUCUUUGACUAAAGAGAAAGACAACGCCGAGGGGGAGAGAGACCGCCUUCAAAAUGAACGAGAUACCCUUCAAAACCAACGAGACAUACUUGAAAACGAACGAAACGCCCUCCACAGUGAACGUGACACUCUCAAAAAUGAGCGAGAUGUACUUCACAAUGAACGUGACACUCUCAGAAAUGAGAAAGGCAACAUCAAGGCUGAGCUAGAUACCCUCCAAAAUGAAACAGAGGUCCUCAAAAAGGACCGAGAUACCCUUCAAGUUGGACAGAGAGCCUUAAAAAUUGAGGAGGGAAAACUCAAAAGUGAGCGGGACAGCCUCAAAAAUGAGAAAGAAGCCCUCCAACAUGAGCGAGACACCCUUCAAAAUGAGCAAGAAGUUCUCAAAGGUGAGCGAGACUCUCUCAAAACUGAGAAAAACACUCUACAAAAGGAGCAUGAGGCGCUUAAAAAUGAGCGAGAUACCCUCAAGAAUGACAAAGACACCCUACAGAAGGAUCAAGAAGCUCUCAAACAUGAGCGAGAUACCCUCAAGAAUGAGAAGGACACCCUCCAAAAGGAGCGAGACAGCCUCAGGACAGAGCGGGACACCCUCACAGGUGAAAGAGACCAAUUGAAGUCUCAGUCCAGCAACCUGACAAAAGAGCUGGAGGUGCUGCAGAGCCGAUUCAACACUGUGGUUGCAAGUCGAGACGGCUUAAAGGAGGAGACUGAAGAGUUAAAUCUGAACAGAAAAGAAAAACUUUGUCCAUCGGAUUGGAUCAAAUUCAACGAGAAAUGCUACUACAUCUCUGGCAAAGGCCAAACUAAGUCGUGGAAAUCGAGUAGAAGAGACUGUCAGGACCGAGGAGGUGACCUGGUCAUCAUCACCACAAAAGAUGAGCGGAAUUUCAUCUCCACUUAUUAUGAUCGGAUUUGGAUCGGUCUGUCUGACUUGGAACAUGAAGGCAAGUGGAGGUGGGUGAAUGGGGAAGAACUGGAGUUUGACGGAUUCUGGCAAAUAGGCGAGCCAAAUGACUUUGACAGUUACGAGGAUUGUGUGGAGCAGUCACGCUCAGGGCAGGGAUGGAAUGAUAUGCCUUGUGAUGAGACUCUUUCUUGGGCUUGUGAGGAUUAACAUGCAGUGUAUGUGUGUUGGUGUGUGUUUGCGUAGGUGUGUAUUUGUGCGCCUGUAUUUUGUUUGAAUCGAACAAUUACAACAAUUAUUAUCAGCCUUUUAGACCGCCUGCAAAAAUGUCUCAAAAUCUCCCUUACCUUUUUCUUGUUAUCCUUUUUUCUCUCUAACCAAAAUCACAACUCCUCUGUUAUUCAUGGAUGGAUAAGAAUAUGGUAGGUAUCCUCGAGUAUACGCAUCGAUCUUUGGAGCCCUAUUUUCAAUGUUUUUUUUUUUUUGUCACAGGGCUAAUUAACUACAUUAAUCCUUUGUGAACAUAUUGCUGCCUGUAGGUUCUUUUUUACCCAAUAAAGGAGGCAAUGCGGUCAAUGUUAAAUCUGAAAAUGUUUAUAUUUUAUACUUCUGCACCAAAAGGAAAUAAUGAAAUUGAACCAAGCUGCAUGUUCAAACUGUUGUUAUCAAAAUAAAAUGUACAAAUAAGUGUUUUAUUUCCUUUUACCACUCUGAACGUUCAUACAAAUGUAAAUUUUAUCAUUGUGGUUAUUUUUAUUUUUUAUUUUUUUAAUGAGAUUUUCAGGAAUCAAGACCAAGACAAGACUGAGACUUUGGGAGUCAAGGCCGAGACAAGGCCAAGAUCAGGACAAGCUGAGAUCUUGCCUAUGACGUUCUUAUUUUUAUUUAUUUUAUCUAUUUACUUAUUUAUUUUACUUUAAUUUGCCCGGGCUAUUGUGCAGCGGUUAACUUGAGCUCUGUACUUGUUUGGGUAGGGGGCGGUGCCACGAUAUGUGAAGAUUACUGCUGUCAUUGCACAGAAG